AUACAAUUAGCACAGCACCCCAUGGACAUGCAUACAAUUAUCACAGUACCCCUUAGACAUCUAUACAAUUAGUAGUGUCCCAUGGCCAUGUAUACAAUUAGCACAGCAUCCCAUGGACAUCUUGAGGUUAUCUUGAUAUGAUUUUGGGUCUUAGUGUCCCACCCAUAGCCCGGUCCUCGACCAGGCCUCCUUUUUGUUACACACCCCCAGGAAGCAGCUCGUAGCAGCUGUCUAACUCCCAGAUACCUAUUUUCCUGCUAGGUAACAGGGGCAUUAGGGUGAAAGAAACUCUGCCCAUUUGCACAGCACCCCAUGGCCAUGCAUACAAUUAGCACAUCGCCCCAAGGAUAUGUAUACAAUUAGGGUGGUAUACAAUUUGUAUACAUUAUAAUUGUAUACUUUUAUAAUGAAUACUAUUAUAAUGUAUACAAUUAUACAUUACAAUUGUAUACAAUUAGUAUACAUGCCCCCAUGGACAUUGUAUACAAUUAGCACAGCACCCACACAGAAGCUCACUGUUCUGUGGCCCACCAUGUGCAAAGUUCCAAAACCCACCAAACUCACCAUUCCUUGGCCCACCACGUGAAACGUUCCAAAAUCCACCAAGUUCACUGUUCCGUGGCCCACCACGUGCAACGUUCCAAGAUCAACCAAGCUUACUGUUCUGGGGCCCACCACGUGCAACGUUCAAAGAUCCACCAAGCUCGCUAUUUUGUGGCCCAACUCCAAGAUUCACCAAGCUCUUCUUCUUCUUGAUAGUAGGCACCUGACAGUGGAUGCAGAGUUUGUUGAUGUCUGUUCUGUACUUCACCAAGCUUACUGUUCCAUGGUCCUUGACUUGCAACAUUCUAAGAUCCACCAAGCUCACUGGCCCUAAUCCCUUCAGCAUCAGUGGGUUAGAGUGACAAGCCAAAGGACUCCAGCUCGGUGAGGAUGGAAACAGACUUUGGCUGGUGGCUGGAUCAGUGGUGAGGAUGAAGAUCACUUCAGCCUUGGUCCUGGUAACGGCCUUCCUCGUUGUCUCAUCUCAAAUCACAAACCUAAUACCACGGCGAUGCAACGAGACCAUUACAAGCGAGGAGGCUAGCGAGGGGGUGAUUGCCUCACCUGAUUCCUUUGGCAUCUACCGGGUGCCCACCACCUGCACCUAUACCUUCAGGGGCUCCCAACACCAGCGGGUCCAGCUCCUCUUCACCGCCUUUGCCCUCAGGGAGCCACCGCUUCAUCUCAACCCUCAUGAGAGGUGUCUUCAUACGGACUCUGUGGCUGUGUACAACCUGGUGGGCAACACUAAGUCCGACCUCCAGGAGGUGGAUACCUUCUGUGGCCUCACUGUCCCCCUGCCAGUCAUGUCCUCCACCUCAGGCUUUCAGGUGGUGUUUACCACCAGAGAGAGGUCACUAGCAGCCGUGACAUCCUUACCAACACAGCAUGGAUUCUCCGCAAAAUUCAAAUUUGUCACAAAUCUUGGGGUGGAAGGUGGGCAACAACCAGUGCCUGGGGUGUGUCAGUUUGUGUACAACAGCAGCCACACCCACAAUGGCACACUCUACUCCCCAAACCCUGAGGGGUACUACCCACAAGACACCACCUGUACCUACCUCUUCUACGGUCACCCCGGUCAGGUCGUCCGACUCACUUUUAAGUAUUUCGACGUGGAAGGAGUCAUGCCAUGCAACGAAGCAACUGACAGCGAUUACCUUGAGUUCUCAAACUUCCCAAGUGUGGAUCGCAAAAUCCCAUCCUACUGUGGCAGUCUCUCUCCCUCCAUCAUCCAAAGUGAUGGCACCUUCUUCCGGCUCACGUUCAGGAGUAACAGCAAGUUCAGUGGGACAGGAUUUGCCGCAGACUAUCAGUUUCUGGACAUGUCAUACCAGCCAUAUGCCAUCAAGAAGGUGAUUGUCAUGACAACCAGUGGCAGUGCUGGGCCCAUGUCAGUCAGGCCACAUGGAAUUUGGGCGUUGCUUUUCCCAUAUCUUGUGUAUUUAUUAGACUGUGGUAACUAAUAACACACGUGAUGCAACUUCAAAUGAAACUAUGACGUACCUUUGCAAAAAUAUUAAUCAUUGCAUACUCAUAUUUCAUAGCAAGGAAUUAUCUAAUAAAGGCACACUAUUUGAUAAGACUUCACACCAGGAAGACUUACUACACACUUGAAAGUACUGCAUAAGUAAUUUUCCAUAGAAGGUGCCAAGCAGGGAAAACUAUGUAGCACCAUCUGUGUCACUGGAUACUUAAUAGGUGUUAAAUGUUACGAAGUAUGUCAAUACGAGAACAAAAGGACAUAAGAUAUCAAAUGUAUUUGAUUCAUAAAGGAUUGUAUCGCGAGACAAAUGACCCCAAGGAGUCGGUAAGCCCUUCCUUUCAAGUCUAUGCCACUAGUUCGUGUUCGUAAAAUUAAUGAUUCAUUUUGCUAUAAAAUGUGUUUAACAACAAAUUUUAUGUACAUGUAAUUAAAAUAAAGAGAAAAUGGAUUGAGUGUAUUACUAACUACAGUGGUAUCUCAGCGUACGAAUUUAAUCCCUUCCCAGAGACUGUUCGUAUACCGAAGCGAAUUGUCCCAUAAGAAAUAAUGCAAUGUAAAUUGAAUUAAUCCGUUCCACACUCCCCAAAAAUAUUAACUUCAAAGUAAAUUUUGUACCCAAUUCACACAAAUCUUUAGUACUAAAGUAUGUACAAGUUAUUGCUUACCUUUAUUGACGAUUCUUGUUGGCGUAUGGAAGAUGGCGAGGAGGAGAGGCGUUAGUGUUUGGGAGUUUCCCUUUUAUUAUAACAUCAGGCAGUGAUGACUUCCCUUGGGUACUCUCUUGUUUAUGUUUAGCAAGAGUACCACUAGGACCUGGUUGUGGUUCACUUCUUGCAUUUUACUAAGAAUUUGUUUAAAGACUUGUUUUUUCCCAACAUUUUUACGCUUGUCUGUAGAUCACUCAUUUAAAAGGUCAAUGCAAUGGCCUGCCACAGCUUUAUCUGGGCGAGUUUUUUCAACAAAAUUUUGCAGUUCUUACCAUACUUAUCACAUUUUCUUAACGAGGAAGGGACAUCCUCUACUUAACUAUUUUCUUAGGUUGAAUCUUGCCACCGAUUUUCUUGGGACCAAUGCCGAGAUAUAUAAUUACUUCUGUGUUUAAAUACCCCAAAAUCCGAAAAAUAUAAAUUCUUUACAAAGAAUUCAGGUGCACAAACUGUGGUGCGGUCGCUGUGCCACCACACGCUAGGUCGGCCAUACGCGUAUCAACAAACUACGUUACCCGAGGUAAAGUUCAUACCCGAUUCAGAUUUUGAGAAAUUGGGCUCAUAACCUGAGAAGUUCCCAAAGAGGGGCAUUUGUACGCCGAGGUGUCACUGUACAAGGACAUUUUAUAUAGCUCAAUGAAUCUAUAUGAAUUAAGGGAAAUAACAGGAGACCUAUUGGUCCAUAUGAAGCAGCAGCUAUAUAUAUCCAUAUAUGGGCCUAUGUGCUCAUAUGAGAACGAGUUUGGGUGGGUAUAAACAAGAGCUGCCUUGUAUGGGCCAAAAGGCCUUUUGUAGUCCCUUUAUUGUAUUCAAAUAAUGAUUGACCUGGCAUACUUUGUUACACUUUUUUUUUUAACCAAGAACAAUCAGAAUACAUAUGUAAUUACAAUUGAAUUUUAUGCAAUGGUUACUGCAUUGUUAUAGUAAUCACAAAAUGGGUAAUUUUUUCAUGGGCCAAGUUAAACUCCACUACAUCCAUAUAGACAUAUCCAUAUUAGCAUCAUUGGUAUAAAACUCUGAUAAUAGUUAAAAUCAAUGUACAAUAACUGCAUUACUCUGUGAAUGAACACGUGAUAACCGAAUUUUGAAGGUUAAGUGCACGUUGUAAAAUUCAAUGCACACACAUGAUGCAGUUAUUAUAGCUAAUAAUAUAUAAAUGUAGAUUUGUUAAGAGAUUUAUUGAUGCUUUAGAAAAUGCCUACAAAAUGUGGAAAAACAAGUAGGUAGAUUAUAGUAGAGUUGAAAUGUGUUUAGUCUGUAUGAACAGAACAAUCCAGAAGUAACUGAUUACUUAAUACUUUGGAGAUAGAUAAAUAUAUAUAUAUAUAUAUAGAUAUAUAGAUAUUUAUUUAUUUAUUUAUAUUUGUAGGCAUGUCGAGGCCCUCUAACUUCACUUGUCACUACUGUAGUUACUAACCUACACAAUGGUGUAUAACCUGGUUGAGAGUUACAUAUAUUGUUUCACCAUUUUUAGUGAAUUCAUUUAAUUUGCAAGUUUGGGAAGGAGCCUAGUUGUUACAAAGAACAUGAUAGAAAAUAAGAAUUUUAAAAGCUAUUAUCAAAUAUCCACCAAAGGGUGAUUUGUGAUGGCACUUUGCGUGCCAUCGCUCAUAGGAAGUGUAGGGUGCACAGAUUACCACUGGCGGUAAUAAUUGGAGGGCAUAAAGGGGUGUUAUUGCCUAAAUAUAUAUAUUAAAGAUGCAAGAUGCUAGUAGACAAGAAAAACGAGUGCAGAAUAGAGAUAAUGAAAAGCAUCAUGUUAGUGAGGUAUAAAGGGAAUUGAAAGAUACAAAGUGCAUUUUAGAGUAGGAAAGGAGGAAGGUCAAAAAUAAGUGGGUUCACAUGUUAAGUGAGAAUAAGCAGGGAUCAAAUAUGAACAAUACAUAGAAUGUGGUAAGGAACAUAGCUCUGUGGUAGAAGUUUGAGAUGUUUGUCAGUAUACCUCACAAGGCGCUCUAGUCAUAAUAAACGGUGGGGUGCCACUUUGGAUUACAUUAACUGCUGGUGUUGGUGGCAUUUGUUUUACAUAAUGUAACAUGUGCUAGAAAUGACUCUGAAAUGAAGUUUUAAUAUUAUUUGGUACCUACAUAUAUUAUUCCUUUGUUUUUCCUCGGGUCAAUACCUCUCCACCUCAUGAAAGUGGUUAAACAUAAAUAAUGAUACUGUAGUUUGAUUUUUGUCACAGAACAGUUUAUGUAGCCUGAAAAAAUGCCUCAUUAAUGCUUAAGAAAUGUAUUUAAAGUAUGUGCGCUCGAUUGUAAAAAUAAUUAGAGUACAAAAGAAUAGACAAAGCAAAGACUAAAUUGAGGUAUCUAAAAGGAGUGACAGCCAUGUUCGGAAGUAAUCAGAAGUUUCAGCCUUGGAAAGAACAGAUUGGUACCAUCAAGCCAAGUAAUACUAGGCAUCUGCAUUAUAGGACAGAACAGACCUAAGUAAAGAACAUAUAUUUAUUUAUUACAUGCUACAACCAGCAAAAUAACAGCCUUUGGAUACGAAGUGCAAUGUAAGUAGUUCAAAAUGUCCUAGAUAGUUAAUUUUGCCAAUAAUUGUUGCAUACAACACACCAUGAAAAUAAAUACUAUAAGAAAAUGUUAAUUUAUUUUUAAAAUUAUAUUAAUUAUUUACAGAGUAUACUAAAAGUGAUAUAGUCUUUCGUAAAAUAAUGAUGGUACAAUAAGUGAAACUUAAGAUAAACAUUAAUCUUAGUUAAAAAUAGAUAAUGUCGUUUACUGGUAAAACAAACACACACACACACACACACACAACCUUUUAUAAAAUCUUUCAAGACUGCUUCAUUUAUGUAAAUGAUUAUACAUUUGUAUAGUAGGCUUCACGGCCAAAAUGUGAAGAGUUGUUACCAACUGUCCAUGGAAGCACUGCCAUGGAACACAUUUAUUGUACAGAGGACUGACUGACUGACUGACUGACUGACUGACUGCAGUGUUCUGCAAAAUACCACACACAGUUACUCUCACAUGACACUGAUCUGGUUCCAUUUUUGUUUUUAAAUGCUCCAUAUCAUCAUCUCUAUUUUCUGAUACACUAAUUUUUCUUUUCUAUACAGUAUUUUGUUAAUGAAAAACUUGUUCAAGCCAAUCCUCAAAACAUCGUCAAACAUUUCUAGCAUUAUUUAUGGCUUUACCUUUGCAGUAUUUGAUGAACAUUUUACAAUGGCAAGAUUUCUGCAAAGUGGAAGGAAAAGACAUGGAGAAACAGGAUCAUGUUCAUCAAAAACAAAUUUUGUUUAUUAAAGCACACAUUCACAGGCAUGUACAGUACAUUCACACAUCAUUCUUUCCCUAAUAAUAACUGAACACUUCAAGUUUCUGCUUUAAAGCAUAUUAAUACAGAAAAAUAUAUAGUGUCUUGUACGGUAUCUGACCUUACAUUUUCACCAUCAUAUAAUCUCUAUACUCCAACCAAAUACUUUGGAGGAGAGAAAAAAUAUAUAUAUAAACAAGAUCAGUGUUAAACAAGUAUACAACUUAUUGAACAAUGUGACCAAGAGCUUUGUGCUUCUAACCUAUACCUGGACAACACUGGCAUAUACUCUAUUACACACCACAUACUUCAUUAAUAUUUUGAUUUCUGAAAAUACUCCAGCAUUUAUUUAUGCAAUUUAAAUUUCACUGAACUUCUUGUAUUUUUAGAAUUUUAUUGCAUUAUGUGCAAAAAUAUGAAACAUUUAUAUUAAAUUCUUUUUUUUAUGGACUUCAUAUUACAUCAGACCUCACUAAAGCAUAUCCACAAAAGUACAGUCUUAAUAGUUCCAUUCACAAUAAAUUAAGUAAAUUAAAAAACUUAUGAUAGUAUUUUUCUAGUUAAUCUAAUACUGUUGCCUAUUGUUCAGUUUGUAUUGCCAUUCCACAAGAUUUCAAAAAUAGUUAAAAAUUUUCAUAUUUUAGACAUUGCACAGUUACAUAUUCUAGAUUACAUACAUAAGAAUGGUAGAUUUCAUGGGAAUACAGCACUAUAUUGUCACUCGGCUAAUUACAGUUAAGUAAUGACAUCACCUUACUUUUCCCAAAAAAUUAUUCCCCAUUCCUUCAGAGUUUUCUCACCAGCAAUAACAAUAAUGAUUAGUACUGCAGUAAUCACCCAGUUGACAAGGAAAUAUAAAGCCAGCAUUGCCUUGCGGAAUCCACCUCCCUGAAAUAAAUUAAGGUUGAAACUUAGACAAAGAUGUGUAUUAAUUGAAAUCUUGAAAAAAAAUUUAAUCUGUGGAACCUGCUUGGGAUAAGCACGAUUGGUGAAUAAUGGUUAUGAAACCUUAUCUCCAACUAUUAAUUGGAACAGGUUCAAUAUAUUUCAUAAGUAAGCUUUAUCAAGUGUUUUGUGGUGGGGGAGGGGGGGGGGGAAUUGCAUUAUUUGAAAAAUGAUACAACUAAUGUUCCUUUUGAGUGCAGCAUUUUGAAUGUUGACUGAUCUUCCCUUAACCCUUGGACAGCAGUUUCCGUCUUUCAUUGAUUCACAGGGUAAUGCAGUUAUCGUCAUAUGAUGACUUAAACAAUUACAGUACAAUAUUGUCUGGGUUUUGCAUGCAUGAUGCAAAUAUGGAUAUAAUAGCUAUGUGGAUGUAAUGGAAUUUACCUUAACCCAUGAAAAUAUUCCUACCAUUUACGUUAUAUGUGCUAGGAGGAGCCUGUCGUCAUGUGUACUCGCCUAGUUGUGCUUGCGGGGGUUGAACUUUGGCUCUUUGGUCCUGCCUCUCGGCUGUCAAUCAACUGGUAAAGAUUUUGGAGCCUAUUGGGUUCCAUCAAAUCUACAUUUGAAACUGUGUAUGGAGUCUGCUUCCACCACAUCACUGCCUAAUGCAUUCCAUUUGUUAAUUACUCUGACACUGAACAAAUUCUUUAUAACAUCUCUGUGGCUCAUUUGGGUACUCGGUUUCUACUUGCGUCCCCUUGUUCGUGUUCCACCCAUGCUAAAUAGUUCGUCUUUGUCCAUCCUGUCAAUUCCUCUGAGAAUUUUGUAGGCGUGAUCAUGUGUCUCCUUGCUCUUCUGCCUUCCAGAGGAUGUGAGGUUUACCUCCCGUAGCCUUUCCUCGUAACUCAUACCUCUCUGUUCUGGACCAGUUUGGUGGCAUACCUCUGAAUCUUAUCUAACUUUUUUUUUCUUUUUUUUUUCUUUUUUAACUUGGUAUGGUUUCCAGGCUGGAACUGUAUACUCCAGGAUUGGUCUGUAUAAGUGGUAUGUAUGUAUGCACACACCAGUGUGUGCCACAUUGGUGACUUACACCUUUCUAUCUAUACUCUUGCCCAUAUGGUGCCAAGUAUGCCAUAUUUAUUCACCCAGAGCCCAACACCAUUGUAUAUUAUGUUCAUAUCCUUUUCACUACUCUAUGGUUGUAAUGAAGAAUACCAGGUAAACCAAUCAUCAAUUGAAACAUGUAUUAUUCAAACAAUUGUGUUUCAUCCAAGGAUAACGCACUGAGCAUCAGCAGAGUCGGGCACUGGGUGUUGACAGGUGCCAGACUUUCACCACAUACCCUUCAACAGCACCUCCACCCAGUGAAACAAUAAAUAUUCACUUAU